GGGCUAGAAGCCCAACUCAGGUGUGUUAACUCCACCCCCGUUCCGACGCUGGGCCCCAUAGGUGGAGGGAAGUUGGAAAGGUCGUGCCCAGUCGCUCCUUCCUUACACACGGAAGUUCAGUGGCCCGCUUGCCAGGAUGCCGGGCGCCUGGGUCCUGGGUUUCGCGCUCACCUGGCUCUUCAGCCUGCUCUCCAGUUCCCAACCAGUAAGCGCCAAUGCGGUUGUAUUCAAAUGUGGCUCCAUAAACUGCACCAGAGGAUUUAGAUGCUGUGCCAGUGGAUGCUGCCCAAAGAUAAAUGUAUGGGAUUCUUCAAAUGAUACCUUCAGGAUCUUGUUCAUCCUCUUCAUGGUGAUGAUACCUCUCUUGUGCAUCUGCGGCUUUGUGAGGCGCUUCUGUCCCAAGUGCAGAGAACCAGAGCAGAACCGCAGACCGAGUCGUCAGAUACCUCCAGAGCCACCUUCCAUUGCCCCCCUAGAGACGAUCUGGGUCACCACCUUGGAUCCCCCACCACCCUAUAGUCAGGUUGUUCAGAAGCCAGUUCCCACAGAACCACCUCCUCCCUACAGCCUCAGGCCUGAGGAACCUGCGGACCCAAUGAGAGGCACUCUGAGCCAGGCCCUUUGAGUUACCUCAUCCACAAGCUUCUUGGGUCAAGCCCAGGACUUUGGAGACUCUGGAAUGACUCCACUCAUCCCAUCAUGACCUUGGUCCUUUGAUUUAAUUUAUUGUUUUUCUACCCCUGUGCCUCGCCAACUACCUUUUGUCUGAGAGCUGAACUGGAUCCAUAGUCUCUGUCAUAACUCCCAAGCUAAAGACUGUUGGGGGUGCCUGCGGUGGGAUGCAGAUCUUGACUGGACAGCUUGCUCUGCCGUCCCACAGAAGCACUUCUGUGCCUGGAGGAGAUUGAAGACUGAACUGCAUAGACUCUGAUACACCUUCGAACAAUACCUGCACAGACCGGACCCCACUGUACCUCCACAGCCAUACACAAAACACAUGCACUUGCUAAAGUUUCACCGACUGGCCUCGGGCUCUGGCUGCGAAGUGGUGAUGGAGAUGAGUUCAGAAGCUAAGCGUCAGUCAAAUCCUUCCACACGGUGACUGUGUUGACCACCUCCCUGGGAGGAGUGUGCAUCCAAGCUGUGAAUGGAUGCUUUGACCUUAAGUUCCCUGGGGCCUGUGACUACUAAAGAAAUGGACCAGAAUGCUCCCUGGAUCCUUUUCUCCUCUCUGCUUUCUGGGUGAACUGGACUUGAUAUGCAUGGGACUCUUAGGGGAGACCAGAAAAGAGACUUCUAGAAGGUAGGGUGGGAAGGAAGCCUCAGAGGCAGGUGUGGUUAGACAUCUGUAGAGUGAGGCUUACAGAAUGCUUACUUCCAGAUUCCUCUCCAGGAAUCUCCUGAGGAAAAGGAGGUGCAGACCCCACCCUGCUCUUCCUGCUGAGUCUGGGUCCCCACCUACAGUUAACCCCUAAGGGGAAGAAUUCAGUCCUGUGGCUGAGGAGCUGAACAGAGCUCACAGUCCCUGCGAGGCCUGGGCACUGCUUGGAGCUCCCGCUCGCCCUCAGGUCCGGGGUGAUGAAGUCAGGCAGAUUCCUGGUGCCAGUGCUUUGGGGCUGGCAGCGGUGCUAGGUACCUCCACCUCAUCCUGGUCUUUGCUGUGUGCUGCAGGGGACUCAAGGCCAGCCUUCCUUUUCAGACACUAGAGAGAAGUCCUACAGCUGGACUUUGACCUGCAGGAGGAGGUCACCUGCCUGUCACUAAAGAUAGUAUAGGGCUUUUAAUUUCUCUACAGCAACAGUGGUGUGGCCUGAAGAGAGUGGCCAUCCCAAAGCUCGGUGCCUGAAAUAACUUACUUUAAUUUUUAAUGUCUGUUGGUGGUUUGCCUCCAUGUGUAUCUGUGAGGGCAUUGGACCUGAAGUUACAGGUGGUUGUGAGCUGCCAUGUGGGUGCUGGGCAUUGAACCCAUGUCCUCUGGAACAGCAGCCAAUGCUCUCUCCAGCCCCCUGGAAUGACUUCUAUUGCCAUUUCAGUCACUACUGUUGGUGGGAGAGGAAGAGAUGUCAUCUUUUCAGAGACCAUCUUGCACUGUCCACUCAUGCGGCCAGUGUUUAUAAAGCUACUACUCUACUACGCCUGGCCUGGUGUCCAGGAUGAGAUCAGGUGCAAUUCUCCAGACAAGUCUGCAGAGAGGCCUACCCACUAAGUCUCUCAUGGUGCACUGAGCUGGGUGAGGGGUGAUGACGGUCCACCUCCAUUGACCUAUGGAAGCUUGUUCUGUAAGGCAUGCGUACCGCCUAUCCUGUAAGCUUGAAGGAUCUGCCGUGCUGAUCUACAUCAUGUCUGUCUUUUACUGUUGGGAGAAAAGGGAAGUUCAAAGCAGCUUUGGUUUGUAAAAUAAACUCCGCCGUUACAUUUUAAAUGUUAAA